AUGUAUAUGACAACUAACCAUAAUACAAGUUUAUUGGAAUUAAAAGGGUUCCAGAUCUCACAAAUUGCUGCUGAUCCUAUAGGACGUUGUGUUGCAUUAUGUGGAACUGAUGAACUUGUAAUAUGCCCAUUGAAACAUCCUUCACAGUACAGUGCAUUUUCCUUACCUUCAAAGUUAGGAUGCUCUGGACUUGCUUGGCAUCCAAACGAUCAUACAAAACUUGCAAUUGCACGUUCUAAUAAAUGUGAACUUCUUCUUUGGGAUGUCAAUGAAUGUCGAUUAAGUACAAACACUAGUCUGGGUGGAUAUGUUCGUGUGAUCAAUUCACUGGAUUGGAGUCCAGUUCAUCCAUUUCUUAUAGCUACUACAUCCGCAGAUCAGUUUCGUGCCAUUUGUGUUUGGGAUUUAAGGGAUAUGUCACGACCAGUUCGAUCUAUGGAAUCUCUUUCUUCACCAAUUAUUGUCAAAUGGAAUAGAUUUUUAAGUGAAAAAUUUGCAACCUGUCACUCAUCGGGUGUUCGUACUUGGGAUUUGCGGUCUAAUGUUCCAGAACAGUACAUCUCUGUACAAGCUGAUCACGUUCGUGAUUUCGAUUGGUCGCCUCAGAAUGUCAAUCAAAUGGUGACAGUCAGUGAAUAUUCUGAAAUGCGUCUAUGGGAUACUGAAAAUCCUUCAUAUCCUCUGAAAAAGGUCCGAUUUCAUGAAAUAAAACUGAAGAAAGUAAUUUACACUCCUUCAGGUGAUCAUAUUAUUAUUUUACCGGAGCAGUCUCAUUGGUCAGUUCACGGGAUAUCUGUGUGGUCUAGUGCUGGUUUGACACAAUCUCAUGAUUUAUUCCAAGUAAUGGAAAGCCAUGAUAAUAGUGACACUAAUAACAAUGGAAUUACUGUCAAUAAAACGUCUGCUAAUAGUAUAGUGAAUUCAAACAAUAAUAAUAAUGGUAAUAGUAAUAAUAAUCACAUAAAUGAUCAGCAGAUUUGUCAACCACGUUCUACAGAUUCAUAUAUAUUAGAUAUGAAUUGGUUGAUAUGCUCCUCUUCAAAUCUCCCAUUUUCUCCACUGACAACGACAGAUGAUCAUGAAUUAACGACAAAUUUUAUUCUGGAUAAUGAAAUAUCGACAGCAAAUCAAAAUUUAGAAUAUUGUCCUAAAAAAAAUGUAAAUUUACUUACUUGGUCAAUGGAUAAUAUACUUCGUGUUUAUCCAAUUCAUUUUAAAUCAAUUUCACAUCAUGAUAAUGAACCAUUAUCAAAUCAAGCAAAUAAACAAACAAGGAUAAUAAAAGAAAAAUCGGAAGAUUUAUUAGAUGAUAAAUUAUCAACGAAUUUCAAUCCAAAGACAAAUCAAUCAAAGAAGUUUAGUAAUACUUCGACAAACAAUUUAAAUAAACUAAAGGUUGUUGACCCGCAACAUCGUGGUGAAGAUUUUGGCCAACGUUCUUCUGUCUCCAAGUCAUGUUUAUCUAUUUCGAAAAGUGGAUCGAAUGCAGAUCCUAAAUGUGGAAAUCAAGAAGAUAGUGCAUUCCAAUUUCUCGCUCAAGAAUUAUCUCUGUUAAGCCAUAGAGCUGGACAAUAUAAGUUAGAAGAAAUGGAUCUUAUCAAUCGUACAGCUAAAUUAAUUUUAUUUUACUGUCGUCGUAAUCAUCAUCAUCAUUAUUCUUUAUGUUCAGUAACUAAUACACUUCGAAGACGACGUCAUAGUUCUGUAAUGAAUAAUGAAGGUCUUGAUAGUCUACUAUUACCGCCAACUGCUGAUCUAAUUUCACAAAUGGAAUUUUCUGAACAUUCAAAUUUUUGGAAAGUACACCAUCGUAAUUUAUCAUCAACAACUGAUACUGAACGUACAAUAUCGAAUCGGACUAGCAUUAGUAAUAGUGCUGUUAGUGUUGAUAAUGAAGAGAGUACACAUUUAACAAAUUAUCCAUCAAAUCACCCAUUUACUUUAACCUUUGAUAAUAGUCAUGAAUUAGAAAAUUCGACGACUAACAAUACACAUAACUAUGAAAUGCCAUUAGCUGGUUCAAUAAUAUUAAGUAUAGAAUUCCCUGAUAAUUAUCCAUUAAAUGGAGCUAUACCAGAAUUUCAUGUACUUGAUUGCAGUCCACCCUUACCUCCAGAAGUAUUAGAUGAAUUAAAGGAUGUUUUAUAUUCAACUGCAUCUGAACUAGUGUCCACCUCACGUGGUUGUGUUGAACCAUGUAUAAGAAAUUCUGUGAUCACUUUACAAACAUAUCCUACGUUAAGUAAUCAAAUAGAAAAUAAUUCUAAGAAAUUAAACUUAACAAAUUUAUCUACUACUAAUUAUGAUAUGCUUAAUGUUAAUAUGGAUACACUGAACAAACCAAUUAUUGAUACAACAGCUUCAAUGAGACAAAAAUGUCAUUAUACAAUAGGUAUUCCUUUCCCAAGAACAUCUGGUGUUCAUUUUACCACGAAUGGUCUAAUUGUAACAUUCGGUCUACCAGAAUCUUUGUCAUUUAUACGUAAUUCAAUAAAACCAACUUCAUCAGAUGAUAAAUGUCAAGUAGAGUUAACAAAUAAUAAUAAUAAUGACAUAAAAAAAGAUUGGACACCACAAUCAUUUAGUGAAUAUCAAACAUUUAUCCAACGAUUUUCAUCAGCAAAUCGUGAAUAUAAUGAUGAUAUGAGAAGAUCAUUUCAGAAUUGUAUUGGAAAUAUAAUUGAUUCAUUUGCUAGAUUUGAAGUAGAUUGUAAAGAACAACAACGACAACAGCAUCAACCUCAUAAAAAACAGAAAAUUAUCACUGAAUUAAUUGACAAAAAUAGGUUAUCCUUUAAAAUGAAUGUAGAACUUAACCAAAAUUCAAUGAAUUCAACAGCUAAUGAUGCUGAAGUAAAAAAAAAUUCGUUUGAGUCUACUCGUGUGACGGAACAAAAAUGGUUCAAUUCCAUUUCAACAACACAUCCCAACUCUCCUGAUGUCCAGAAUCCAACUGAAAUAUUCCUCAGUCAUUUCAGUAUGAUUUAUCCAUCUACUAUUCAAAUUUAUGACAUGAGCCCUUUAAUUUGGGACCGGCAUUUAAUGUAUGAUUACAGCUUAAACACCGAAAAUUUACAACAGAUGUGCAUUCACAAUCUUCAUGCAGUUUUUAAUACUCAUCGAAAGGAUCUUAUUCGAUUCUGGCAAUAUGCUCUAGUUAUGUCGAUCUCACUUAGUCACACAGAUCAUUCUCACCAAGUUUAUCAACCUUUAGCUUCACAAUUAAUUGGUAGACCGUUAUUUGAUACAUGGAUUCGACAUUUCCUUCGUAUACAUGAUGUUCAAAGCUUGGCAAUGUUGGUUCUUGUACUUCAAAGUUUAAAUCAUAUCAAUGAACUGAAGUUCGACAAAGUUGUUGGCUCAAAUAUUUCACUAAAUAAACUCGAGAACACUAUUACUUCACUGUCAUCUGUGAACAACUUUUUGGAGACAUAUUCAUUAUAUCACAUGAAUGAGUCAGAAAAGACAAUAAAUCUUUUAGGGUGCAAUACAGUUGCCAGUUCUUCAUUAGAACAACAAGUGUCAUUUACCUUAGAUAACUCUGAUGAAACACAGAGUGAAUUUAGUUUGGUAUCUGGCCAGUCAAAUGAAAAUAUGAACGGUUGUCCAAUAGAACAACUUCCUCCAAAGGAAUUAUCGAUCAAAUCAAUUUGUGCUUAUCAAUCAAGAUUUGUGCAUCCAAAGGAUUUGUUUUCAUUCGAUCACUACAUUUAUGUUUACGCUAGCAUUAUUUACUCUCUACGCGAAUACAUUUUACACGCUCAUCUUCUUCGAUCUUGGUCGUACAAUAUUCGUCCAAAUUCAUUAUCCCACAUAUGGCCUUACGUUCAAACAAAUGCUAUGAUUCUACUUUCAUGUCCAGACAUGCGAUGCAGCUCUAACUUGGUUCCUAAACACUGCAAUGGAUCUCUUAAGUCUGCACAGUGUACACAUUGUCAAUGGGAGGUGAAUUUGGAGAAUCAGCAAUCUACUACAGGCCCUCAGAAACCGCAGAGAUUGUUAAUCUGUACUGUAUGCCGAAAUAGCUGCAAAGGACUUGUGUUAGUGUGUCCACUAUGUAGUCAUGGUGGACAUGUACAUCAUGUUUCCACAUGGUUUAACUCAGUUAGUAGAACUAAUUUACCUAGACAAUGUCCCUUCAUUAAUUGUGAGUGUUUUUGUUUUUUCAGUGAAAUGUAUUCAACUCAAAGGGUAUGA